CGCCGCGCUACCGCACUCUUCCGCUGGGCCCCAGAAAGUUUCGCUUCUGCCCAGCGGUGGACCCACGAGCGCGUGCUGCCAUGAAGUCUGACCUCUGCUGACCGGACCCAGGCAGGAGGCGCACAGCCGAGAGAGGCGGCCUGCAGCCAGUCGCCAUGGCUUCCCCCAUGGCAGAGAGCCAGCUGCAGAGAAUCAUCCGUGAUUUGCAAGAUGCUGUGACAGAGCUAAGCAAAGAAUUUAAGGAAGCAGGGGAGCCCAUUACGGAUGACAGCACCAGCCUGCAUAAGUUUUCUUAUAAACUUGAGUAUCUCCUCCAAUUUGAUCAGAAGGAGAAGGCUACCCUUCUGGGCAACAGAAAGGACUACUGGGAUUACUUCUGCGCCUGCCUGGCCAAGGUGAAAGGAGCCAAUGACGGGAUCCGAUUCGUCAGGUCGAUUCCAGAGCUCCAGACAUCUCUGGGAAAAGGAAGGGCAUUUAUCCGCUACUCCUUGGUGCACCAGAGGUUGGCGGACACCUUACAGCAGUGCUUCAUGAACACCAAGGUGACCAGUGACUGGUACUACGCAAGAAGCCCCUUUCUGAAACCGAAGCUGAGCUCUGACAUCGUGGGUCAGCUCUAUGAGCUGACCGAGGUUCAGUUUGACCUGGCGUCGAGAGGCUAUGACUUGGACGCUGCCUGGCCAGCGUUUGCCAGGAGGACACUGGCCCCCGGCUCUUCUGCUUACCUGUGGAAACCCCCCAGCCGCAGCUCCAGCAUGAGCAGCUUGGUGAGCAGCUACCUACAGACUCAGGAGAUGGCCUCCAGCUUUGACGUGAGCAGCCCCUUAAACAACGAGGCACAGGAGGGCUUUGACGAGAUGCGGCUGGAGCUGGACCAGCUGGAGGUGCGGGAGAAGCGGCUGCAGGAGCAGAUGCAGCAGCUGGACAGAGAGAACCAGGAGCUGAGGGCGGCUGUGAGCCUGCAGGGUGAGAAGCUGCAGACGGAGAGGGAGAGGGGCCGCGCCGCUGCUGAGGACAACGCCCGCCUCACUUGCAUGGUGGCCGAGCUCCAGAAGCAGUGGGAGGUCACCCAGGCCACCCAGAACGCCGUGAAGGAGUUCCAGGAGUGCCUGCAGGCCCUGGAGCUGGGGGCAGCAGAGAAGGAGGAGGAUUACCACUCGGCCAUGCGGCGGCUAGAAUCCAUGCUGCGGCCCCUGGUGCAGGAGCUUGAGGCCGCACGGGACCUGCUGGGCGGGGAGGACCAGCAUUCAGCUAAUGUCCCAGCCCAGCCGGGUACGGCCGAGCAGAAGGCAGAUGCGGCACCAGACACACAGGGGCAGCAAGAGCUCCUCCCCAGCGCCUCGGCCCUGGAGGUCCAGGAGCUGCGGGAGAAGCUUCGAGCCCUGGAAGGAGAGAACACCAAGGCGCAGGAGCUCAACAGGCAGCAGAGUGGCCAGCUGGAGCAGUUGGCCAAGGAGCUGCAGCUGAAGGAGGCGGCCCGGGCCAGCCUGGAGCGCCUGCUGGAGGAGACGGCCCCGCUCCGGGAAGAGCUGGCCGGGAAGGGGCACGAGGCAGCCCAGCUCCGGCGGCAGCUACAGGAAUCCCUAGGCCACCUGAGCUCCCUGGAGCAGGAGUUGGCGGAGGUGAGGCAGGGGGAGCAGCAGCGGCGAGAGGAGAAGGAGCUGCUGCAGCAGGAGGCCAGGUUCCUGGCACGGCAGCCGCGGCUCCUCGAGGCCCAGCUGGCCCAGCUGAGCCGGCACGUGAGUGAGCUGCAGGAGCAGAAGCGGCAGCUCAUCCGGGACAAAGACCACCUCAGCCAGAAGGUGGGGGCGCUGGAGCGGCUUGCCGGGCAGCCAGGCCCAGAUCUGCCCACGGCAGGGGAGAAGCCCGAGGCCCAGGGCCCCCUAGGUUCCACCCUGCAACAGGUCUUCAAGAAGCCGGAGGAGGAGCAGAGAAGCCCCCAGGAGGGCCAGACAGGUGAUAGCCAGAUGCGAGGGAACGGUCAGGAGGAGAAGCUCCAGCAGGCCAACAGGGAGCUGGAGAAGGAGCUGCAGAAUGUGCUGGAGCGCAACCAGCUCCUCGAGGGCAAGCUGCAGGCCCUGCAGGCUGAUUACCAGGCCCUGCAGCAGCGGGAGGCAGCCAUCCGGGGCUCCCUGGCCUCCCUGGAGGCUGAGCAGGCCAGCAUCCGGCACAUGGGGGACCAGAUGGAGGCCAGCCUCCUGGCUGUGAGGAAGGCCAAGGAGACCAUGAGGGCCCACAUGGCUGAGAAGGAGGCCGCCCUGCGGAACACGGAGGCCGAGCGUCAGCAGCUGCAGGAGGAGGUGGGGCUGUGCCGGCAGCUGGUAGAGGCCCGGGAGAGGGAGCUUGGGGCUCUUGAGCGCCAGUGCCGCCAGCAGACCCAGCUGAUCGAGACCCUUACGGCAGAGAAAGGCCAGCAGGGACUCGGCACACCUGAAGACCGUGCAUGCCGGGAGCCAGCGGCCCAGCCGGCCCUGGGUCAGGCCCAGGUGGAGACCCAGCAGGGGGAGGCUGGGCACCUGCCGGCCGAAGUGCUAGACCUUCAGGCCAAGCUCCAGGCAGCCCUGGGUGACCGGGAGAAGGUACAGGGCCAGCUGAGCGUGGCUGAGGCCGCUCUGAGGGAGCACAGGGCCCUGGUGCAGCAGCUGAAGGAGCAGAACGAAGCCCUCAAGAGGGCCCAGGGUCGGGAGCUGCUGCAGCUCUCAGAGCGGGAAGGGGCGCCGCGGGAGGAGAGGACUGAGGAGGAGGAGCGAUCACGGGCCGAGAACCCACCAGUCCCAGAAUACAGCUCCCCGGAAGCCCAGCUGGAACAGGCCGAGCCGCAGGGGCAGAUGCCCGGGGCUAGCGCAGCCACCGACGAGCCCGGCGUCCAUGUCAGUGCGCAGCUGGCCGAGAAAAAGCAGACCGAGGAGGCCCUGGCCUCCGCCUUGCGGGAGCUCCGUGACGCCAAGGAGGCAGCCUCGAGGCAGCGAGAGGGCCUGGAAGAGCAAGUGGCAAGACUGCAGCAAGAGAGGGACAGCGUGCAGGAGAGGCUGAAGGUGGCCGAGGAGGCAGCCCGCUCCUUGCCCGGCCUGCAGGCCCAGCUGGCCCAGGCCAAGCAGCAGGCCCAGAGCCUCCAGGACACUGCACACGAGGAGCUCAAUGCCCUCAAGUUCCAGCUGAGCACCGAGAUCAUGGACCACCAGAGCCGACUGAAGACUGCCAGUGAAGAGUGCCGGAGCCUCAGGGACCAGCUUGAGGAGCGAGGCCGGCAGCUGCAGGCUGCCGAGGAGGCGGUGGAGAGGCUGCAGGCCGCCCAGGCAGAUCUGGGAGAGCAGCUGCGCGGCACCAGCAAGCGUCUUUGCGAGAGCCAGGCCGCCAUGCAGAAGAAGGAUGAGGAGGGAGCUGCCCUGCGUGACAGUUUGGACAGGACCCGGAAGGAACUUGAAAAAGCCAUGGCAAAGAUCCAAGAGUAUUACAACAGACUCUGCCAGGAGGUGACAAACCGGGAGAAGAAUGACCAGAAGAUGCUCGCGGACCUGGAUGACCUGACUAGAACCAAGCAGUACCUAGAGGAACGACUGAUUGAGCUGCUCAGGGACAAGGAUGCUCUCUGGCAGAAGUCAGAUGCCCUGGAAUUCCAACAGAAGCUCAGUGCUGAGGAGAGGUGGCUCGGGGACCCGGAGGCGAGCCACUGUCACGACUGCAAGCGAGAGUUCAGCUGGAUGGUGCGGCGACACCACUGCAGGGUCUGUGGCCAUGUCUUCUGUUACUACUGCUGCAACAACUACGUCCUGAAGCGCAGCGGCAAGAAGGAGCGCUGCUGCCGAGCCUGCUUCCAGAAGUUCAGCGAUGGCCCUGCAUCACCUGACAGCGCCAGCUCUGGCACCAGCCAGGGGGAGCCCAGCCCUGCACUAUCACCAGCCCACGCUGGGCCCCAGGCUGCCAGAGGCCAAGACGCCGACUACAGGCCGCCAGACGAUGCCGUGUUUGACAUCAUCACAGAUGAGGAGCUGUGCCAGAUCCAGGAGUCCGGCUCCUCCUUGCCUGAAACACCCACUGAAACUGACUCCCUCGACCCGAACUUGCCCGAACAGGACACCAUGUCAACCUUGCUAACCCCUGAGGACACUGAAGACAUGCCGCUGGGACAGGAUGCCGAAAUCUGCUUGCUGAAGUCCGGGGAACUGAUGAUAAAAUUACCCCUCACGGUGGACGAGAUCGCCAGCUUCGGGGAGAGCAAAAGGGAGCUGUUUGUGCGGUCCAGCACCUACAGCCUCAUCCCCAUCACUGUGGCCGAGGCAGGCCUCACCAUCAGCUGGGUCUUCUCCUCCGACCCCAAGAGUAUCUCCUUCAGCGUGGUCUUCCGGGAGGCAGAGGACACGCCGCUGGAUCAGUGUAAGGUCCUUAUCCCCACGACCCGAUGCAGCUCUCACAAGGAGAACAUCCAGGGCCAGCUCAAGGUCCGCACACCGGGCAUCUACAUGCUCAUCUUCGACAACACAUUUUCCAGGUUUGUCUCCAAGAAAGUGUUUUAUCACUUGACGGUUGACAGGCCUGUGAUCUACGAUGGAAGUGACUUCCCGUAGCCUCAAGCACCUGGAUUGUAGAUUCUAAUAGCUUCACUUUAUCCACAGGAAACACUACUCUUGCUCACCUGUCACAUAAAGCACUAAAAAAAAAAAAAAAAAAAAGGCAGCCGCUCCAAACGUGACCAGUGUAGAACUGGGAGACAGGCCUCCGGCCGCCCCUCAAAGCUGCAUCGUCUGGAGCACUGUGUACUCAGCACUACGCACCGUCACUCUUAGCCUCCGUGGCUUUUAAGGGCUCAAGCAACGUUUCCAGGGAUUAGGGACCCAACUGUCCUCACACCCAAAGGGACACUCUGCCGACAGUUUAAACACUCAGGGGACCUUGAACCUCUCUGGAGCCACAGCUGGUUCCCGGCCUCCGUGGAGAGCUCCACAGGCCAGAGUCAGUGACCCCAGCUUCUGCCCGUGGAGAGAAAUGCCCCACUCUGCCCAGCAGGGGCCAGGUGUCCUGGGUGACCAUGAGCCGGGACGUCCUGGCCAGACCCUGUGAGUCCUCAGGCUGCGAGGCCAGGAAAAGGAGGCCACAGGGCCAUCGUAAGAGUCAGGGCGUCCCGGGUGGGGGCGGGGGGCCUCCUGAAGCCCCAGCCAGCCUCUUCCCGUCAGGCCUCUGUCCCUUCCUGCCCCAGUAAAUUUAUGGCUGCUCCAAAACAGCAAUUUUGGAGGGGUCUCUAGCUGCACUUUCUUCCCGGCCCUUCUGUCUGGGAAGUUCUGUCCUCAUGCAAAGCCCUUCACUCAGGCAGGCCCCCCAGUAGUUGAAAACACCGGCCUAGAAAUCAGAACUGAAGAUGCUCGGGGAAACCAAAGCCAGCGCACGGAGGAUGCGUCCCGCGGUGGCUGUCUGCUCAGAUGGCAGUGACGGGACCACUAAGCAGCACUGUGUGUUGGCCCUUAGGACUCACUGCUCGGCUGCUGGGCUGUCUCUGUUUGUAUAAAUACGAGCUUCUGCCUCAUCCGCAGGCAUGUUUACUAAUGAUCAUAAUCAGGGUAAGAACCACUUUCCAAAAUCGGGGCCUUCUUAAAAAAAGUCUUUGGUAAUUCGGGUAUAACAGGCAGUUCACUUCUUGGUCCCCUCUCCCCACCCGUCUGUUCCCUGGCACCCCUUUGCCCGCUUCCCGUGGCUCAGCCUACACCUGACAGCCGGGAGCCAUCUCCCCUUGGGGCCGAUGAAUCCUGUUUCCCUUCCCUGGCCAAGGAGGAGAUGGUCUUCCUGUUGUCUGUGGUCCCUUUCUCCUCCCACCAUAGGGAGCUCACCUUUGAUGGCCUCUUGGGGCCUUGUUCACAGAGGCUGGAGCCUGAAGUCAGGGCUCAGACACUUCACAGGUGAGCAGGCCAUCUGAUGACGGGGCCCACUUUGGCCAAGGAUGAGGGAGAGCGCCAGGCAGGGUGUCUGGGGAUCUGAACGCAGGACCCAGCCCGUCCCCCAGCCUGCCUCGUGACUGGUCAAGUCCCACCACACGGAAGCUUCAUUCCGUCACCCACAGGCUUGGCUGGGCUGGUGUUGAGAGCUCAAGGACAGGUCAGAGCCCCCAGGCCAGGUCCAGCGCAGACCCCACAGCCACCACCCAGCAGAGGGGACUCGUGGGGCAGGGGGGAGGGGGCUCAGAGCUUCCACUCAAAUAGGGGACUCGGUCACUUGCAGUCAGUUUAGGCAGGGCAGGAGAGGGGGUGGUGAACAGAACCUUCCUGAGACAUUAACGCAGAGAGAAGCUAAACCUCUUGCGCUCUUUCCUCAGAGCAGCCAGCUGCCUCUAGCAGAAAGCCACCGGGGUCCCUAGCAUCUCCCAGUGGCCAAGGCCUUGACUGUGCUCAACACCAAGGCAAAAAGCAGCCAGCCUCCCAGAGACUCUCCCUAGCCUCACGCUUGUCCUCACAGGUGUGCCACAUGGCCUGAGGAUUGUUCCAGAGCAAGUUAUCCUGCCUUUGAGCCCACCCUCUCCUCUGGAAAGGGUAAUCGGGAUGGGUGGUUUACCACAAGAAAGAAACUAACAAAAGAGAACCCAAAGCAGUCUGGAGUCUUGUUUUGAGUACUCUCCCAGGAUGCCAUGGAGACGGCCAGCCGAUGGUAUCGCCACCAUCCUGUGCAGCUAACAGCUCCUGUGUUUCCUACAAAAGGCCUGGAACAUUCCAUCCAAGCCCCCUGGUGAAUCUCUGUCACUCAGCCCAGCAGGAAACCAACUACAGCUUAAAAACCACUUGGCUCCUUCGAAGCCAGCCCAGAGCCACUCCUCCCAGAGAGCAGAGGCCCCUUGUGGUGUGUACCCCCUGGAACAUUGACUACAUUCAGAGGACUGCCCAUUCCCCCAGCGGUCACGUCCUGACUCUGCAGCCUAUUUAUUUUCAUGCUGGACAGACUCUUUUUCCUUUGUUACUUUGCCGUGUGAGCUCGAGUUUGCUGUGCAUUAUGCAACUAGAGAACAUGGUGGCCUAUUUCAGCGUGGCUUGUAUGAACAGCUUUAUUCUUAUUUUGAACAGGUUCCCGACUUUACUGAGGUUUUUUGGGGUUGGGGUACUUUUUUAAAAAAAUGCAGAUGACAAUGAAGAGCAACUAUUGAAGACAGUAGCCCCAGCCAGUAGCCUGAAUUACACUAGAAAUCAUCAAUGGGACCCCAGAUCACUAUUCAACACAAAACAAAACAACAAAGCAAAAAUCCAGCAGCCCCCAGAUGGCCCAGCUCUCUGAAUAACAGCCGCUCACUUUCUAGCACUGAUCCCACUGCCUUGUUCACCUCUGCCUCAGAAGCCACUAAUCAACCUUGCCCGAGAAGGUGGCCCCUCAGACACACUCACCCGCAGUGAGGAAGGGCGGACGUCACGAUAAAGCGUGGCCUCUGCAGUGUGCUCGUGGCUGGAGCCCUCUGGACUCCAGGUCAACUGGAUCAAGAAGGAAUCUGGAACUGAAAAACCCUACUGGGUUUGAAAAGUAGAAAAGGAAAAGCUACAUAAUACAAUGGAAAAAUCAAAGGGAUGGUUGUUCUGAAAUGUUUCAGUUAUCCACUCCUUGGGUGGGUAAGCCAUUCUAGACUCAAAUGAAAGGAAAUGCCCAUUUGGAGGUGGUAUCUCAGAGCCAGUGCUCUAUAGGAUACUGGUUAGAUGGCCACUGAUCUUUAAGGUUUUUUUUAGGAGUUUCAUUUCUUAAAGUCCACCUUCGUAACUACACGUGAGAGCCCCCAUCCCUGGCUCUGAGGGGUUGAGAGUGAAAGCAAAAGCCGUCGGUGAUUCGGAGAACCAGGGGUCGCCUUGCAGACACCCGUGAGCCAGCCAGCCAUGUUUACAAAACACUUAGCGAAAGGUGCUUCUUAGUGGAAACCUGGAGAAGUUUUUUUCAUUGCGUUGUGAUUCUUCCAAGGAGACAGGAAAGACUGAAUUAAUAAUGCCUUUUCCUUCGUAAUCGCUUUUUUAAAAUAAUAAAGUCUAUCUUUAGAUUUCAGGAGACAUGGCCGAUGAACAGGCUUCGUCAGAACCUCGUGAUGAGUGUUAUCCAGGGACGCUCCUGCCUCUGGGGGCUGCAGAGCCACACCCACGCCUCUGCUGGGCGGCUUCCGAAUCAGAAUUGCACUUUCAUUGACGAAUCCUCAAUUCUCGAGGCCUUAUGGGAUAGUGGGUCUGGGGACCCAUUGCAUUCUUAUCUGCCAAAGAAUUACCCAGAAGCACAUCAAAUGCCAACACCCGCCCUGCGCAGUGGGGGUGAGAAACUUUUGUAUCCCAAAACAUAUUCCUCUAUAGCAUCUGCUGCACUAUUUGGAACAGUUUUAUUUUUAACCUCAGGAUUUAAAUAAAGCAAACACUAUGA